AAUGCCUGCUGGUAUGAAUAGGAAAAAGCAAUUGACAUCUAACAUUGAGCAGGAGCUGCAGACAGUACAAAUCUAUUAUGAAGAUCAUCAUGAAAUACAAUGGUGGAAUUCGCAAGAAGAUUAGAUAUUCAAAAGGUUCCCAGGACUCCACUGAUCAGUGUCAGGACAGGUUUAGCACCUUCUGCAGCUUCUUAAGGAAGCUCUUUGGAGGGAAAGAAAGCAACGACAUGGAGGAGAGGCCUCCUAGCCCUCCUCCUAUAAAGAAGCAACUGAAGGAGUGCCUGAGCAAGCUCAGCCAGCAAACCUUCUCUGACAGCGACUCCUCAAGCACCUCAGAUCCGCCUGCGACCUCGUCGAAAGAGAGCAAGACAAGCGACAGCGGCAGCUUUUCCAACCGGAGACAGAGGAAAAUGACAGAGAAGCCAAGGAAUCCAGGGAACAACUCCUGGGUGCGGGAAGCACCGUGUCUCCGCUGCAAAGCCAAGAGGACAAGAGAGUGGCUUGCUCAGCAUUUCUUUGAGCAGGAUUGGUCUUCCCAUGAAAAGAGCAACUGAUCAGACAAGGAGUCCCUUCGGGGGAAUGGCCAUGUGUACAUGACCCACUUUUCCCCAGGCCUCAUUUGGGGUUUGUUUGCCUAAACAAGACAAACGAGAUGGGUGGUUCACACUGCUUAGGGGUGGCCGAUGGUUGACUCAUGUCAAUAAAGCAUAGGGAUGCCUCAUAAAGUCUCAUACUCUUUGCGACACACUAGGGGAGGUGCUGACUUGUACUGACUGAAUGGUUUCACACUUCUUUCCAUUCAGGAGGAAGUCC